AUGCAGGCUUUCUUCUACAAACAAUUGUGAAAGAAUGGGUCACUCUCAGGAGCUCAGUGAAUUCAAGCAUGGUACAUGAUAGGUUGCCACCUGUGCAAUAAGUCCAUCCGUGAAACGUCCUGGUUACCAAAUAUUCCACGGUCAACUGUUAGUGGUAUUAUAACAAAAUGGAAGCAACUGGGAACAACAGCAACUCAGCCACAAAGUGCGGGGUCAGUGCAUGCUGAAAUGCAGAACUCGCCAACUGUCUGCGGAGUCAAUAGCUAAAGACCUCCAAACUUUGUGUGGCUUUCAGAUUAGCAUAACAACAGUGCGUAGAGAGCUUCAUGGAAUAGGUUUCCAUGGCCAA